CUCGCGGCUCGACUCUGUAAUUACACGGCAAAAAUCAAUGGCGAGCUCAUCACUUGAUCCCAGCGGCCAUUAAAGGCAUUUAUGAAUCAAGCAUUAAUUUACAGUACCUCCACCCACGUGCUCUCACUACUCAGAAGAAGCUCAGCUUCCUUAAUAACAACGCCCCUUUUCUCAUCGUCGGCAACGCCAUUUUUGUCAACUCCAAUCCCUAAUUCCCUCACCAAGCUCGUCGUCAUGGAUCCCGGCGCAUCCAACGGCAUUGGGCCUUCCAAAAGGCUCGUGGCCUUGGCACAACAGCUGCGUCUCUACAGACCGCCGCCGCCGCCCGACGGCGACGACGAUGAGGAGGAGGAGCAGCGGAUCGAGGAGAGCGCAGGGAAAGUCGUCUCGCAGGUGGGCUUUGCGGAGUCUGCAACCCCAGUGGCCCAACAGCCCGCUGACAGGUUCAGGCCCAAACGAGCCGCCGUCCUCAUUUGCCUGUUCGAAGGAGAUGAUGGGGAGUUAAGGGUUUUCCUAACCAAGAGAUCCUCGCGACUUUCUACUCAUUCUGGUGAAGUUUCUUUGCCUGGCGGGAAAGCAGAAGAAACAGAUGCAAAUGAUGCCGAGACCGCAACAAGGGAAGCAAAAGAGGAGAUAGGAUUGGACCCUUCACUUGUUAAUAUUGUAUCUUGCCUCGAACCAUUCUUAUCAAAGCACCUCCUUAGGGUGAUUCCUGUUAUUGGCAUACUCUCGAACAAGAAAGACUUUGACCCUUCUCCUAAUGCUGCUGAGGUUGAAUCUGUAUUUGAUGCUCCCUUGGAAAUGUUUCUCAAGGACGAAAAUAGAAGAUCGGAAGAAAGGGAGUGGAUGGGGGACAAAUAUCUGAUCCAUUUUUUCGAAUACGAAUUUAACAACAUGAAAUAUCUCAUUUGGGGUUUAACUGCUGGCAUAUUGAUCAGAGCAGCUUCAAUCGUUUACCAGAGGCCACCCGAUUUUCUCGAGCAAAAUCCCAAAUUCAAAGUUCCUAGAGUGGUGCUGAAGGAUACUACCAUGCCUUGAGUUGGCCAGCUUUGUAAAUAUAUAAACCACUUUUUAGGGACUCAUUUCUGCUGUUUGUCGAUUACCAUUCAUUAUGUUGUGGAUUUAUUUUUUAAUUAUCCGAAAACUGAAUUUAGUGUCCUUGAUAAUAUGCCUCGUUCGGAUAGGAAUUGGUCUGGCCAUUUAUGGCCCCAACAUUUCAAAUCUAAGAUUUGAGAAAUGUAUAAUAUGAUGUUAUGUGACAUAACAUCUUGAAUAUCAUUUGUACAUUAUAUCUUCAUUUGGAGAUAUUAUUUGUAGUAUUUGUGGCCUGACAUUUGGUUUCUCUCGAUGUAUUGGACCGUGAAACAUAAUUUGGCAUGCGAAACAACUCGAAUUUAGUAAUUUACGCCAUGCAUGUUUGUAAGUUCAUCAGUUAAAAUCAUGAGAAACAUGAUGUUUACAUUUAGUGUGUUGCAGUCAAUUGUAUCUCAAUGAACUGUAGGAAGGCACAAUUGGCCAUUACCAACCCUAAAAGUAGAUCCCUACAAACACUGUGUAGGGUUUUGGCCUAUGCAUAAACUUUCAGCUUCUAACUUUAUAUAACUCAGUUGCAUAUGCCUAACAAGUUUAUACGUUCUAGUGUUCUUAGUGUCAGGAAUGGAUUUUCAUUAUUUUACCCAUUUUACUCCUUUUAGUUUCAAUAUCUAUCUCUUUAGGAAAACAUCAAUUGCAAUGGCUUCAACCUUGGUU